AUGGCUUCUUCACCGAUGUCGUCGUUGACUCGACUUCUACAAAAACAGAAUGAAGAGAAGAAACAAUCAAAUUUGAAACCUCAAAGUACUGAUGAUAAUGAAUUAACAAAUGCUGUUUCUAUUGAGGGUGUUGAAAUACCAACUUAUGGUGAAGAACUUCUAAGUCCAGAACCUGAAAUCCAACAAUCAAGCUAUAACCAAAGAAGCCCCAUUUCUAUAACACCUUCAAGUUAUAGUUAUUCAAGAGCUCCUCCAAUUAGAGCUCCAUUACAAGCAUCAAUACAUCGUAAUCCAUCUCAAUCUAAUGGGUUUUAUAAUAGUGGUGGGAACUCUUAUUCAAAUCACUCAUACUCUUCAAGUAUACCUUAUUCUGCUCCAAAUAGUGGUGGUAACUCAGAUUCAAAUACAAGCUCAUCAUAUUCAAGAUUAAGUGGAUUACCUUCAAAUAUUUCAGCUAUUGAAUCAAUAAAUAUUACAUCACCAAAAGUUUCUCAAUCAAAUAUUGAACCAAGAUUUGUUAUUUCAAAGCAAAAAGUCGCAGCAUCUCAAGCUGCUAAUUUACAAUCAAGAUCAGUUUCUAAUUCCAAUAAUAGUGGGAAUGGUAUGUUUUCAAGAUCAAGAAAAAAUUCUCAAUUAGAUUUAGGUUCUUUUUAUAACAAUUAUUCAUCAUCACAAGCAUCUCCAAUAAAUGGAACAAAUACACCCACAAUAGAUACAGUUGCUGGAUCACCAUCAAGUGCUUCAAGUUAUGAUUCAUUACAUGGGAAAUCAAGACAUAGUUCUAUGGCUGACUUAAAGAGAUUUUUCAAAAAAUCUGGUUCUUCACCUAAAACAACAAAUGGGAAUGGUAUUAAUUCAUCAAGUUUUGCAAUGUCACCACUUACAAGUACUUUUUCCAUUGGAAGUACAGCAUCAAGAGAAAGAACUGGAAGUAUGAGUUCUUCCUAUAGUAAUAAUGUUUCUCAAUAUACUACACCACAAACAUUACCAUUUUCUAAAAGAUAUGGUAAAUUUGGUGAAAAUUUAGGUGCAGGAGCUGGUGGUUCAGUUAAAUUAGUUAAAAGAUUAUCAGAUCAAAAAGUAUUUGCAGUUAAAGAAUUUAGACAACGUAUAUCAACUGAAACAAGAAGAGAAUAUGCUAAGAAAAUAACUGGUGAAUAUUGUAUUGGUUCAACUUUAAGACAUGCAAAUAUUAUUGAAACUGUUGAAAUUGCUUAUGAAAAUGAUCGUAUUUUACAAGUUAUGGAAUAUUGUGAUUAUGAUUUAUUUGCAAUUGUUAUGUCAAAUAAAAUGAGUACUAAUGAAAUUGAUUGUUGUUUUAAACAAAUUUUAACUGGUAUUGAAUAUUUACAUCAUAUGGGAUUAGCUCAUAGGGAUUUAAAAUUGGAUAACUGUGUUAUAAAUAGUCAAGGUAUUGUUAAAUUGAUUGAUUUUGGUUCUGCUGUGGUGUUUUCAUAUCCUUUUAGUAAUAAAUUAAUUGAAGCAUCAGGUAUAGUGGGGUCUGAUCCUUAUUUAUCACCAGAAACUUUAGUUUUCCCUAAGUAUGAUCCAAGACCUGUUGAUAUUUGGUCAGCUGCUAUGAUUUAUUGUUGUAUGGUUUUGAAAAAAUUCCCAUGGAAAAUUCCAAAAUUAGCUGAUAAUAGUUUUAAAUUAUUUUGUUCAGGUAGAGAUUCAGAUUCUUUAAGUUCUUUAUUAGUUAAAGUUCCUGCUUCAAAACCUAUUGAAGAAAAACCAAUAACAAAACCAAGUGGAUUAUCAAACUUAUCAAAAGCUUUUUCCAAACCAUUAUCAGAAGUUGAAACUGUAAAACCAGAUGAAAACAAGAAUGAUAGCAGUGCAAUUUCAUCAUCCGAGUCAGAAUCGUCAAAUAAAACUGAUACCAAUGAAAAUGAUGAAUUCAAUCCAUCAAGUCCACCAACAACUGCAACUGGUGAAUAUGGUACAACUCCAACAACUCCAACUCCAUCAUAUGAAGCAUCAACUGCAACUACAAAUCAAGAUCAACAAGGUGAAGCACAUACAUCUCAAUUAAUUGGUGAAGCAAGAUUAUUACAAGCAUUACCAGCACCAGUCAGACCAAUGAUUGGAAGAAUGGUUGAUUUAGCACCAGCUUGUAGGGCAACAAUUGAUGAAGUUAUGAAUGAUUCAUGGUUGAAAACUGUUGAAACUUGUUGUGUUGAAGAUCGUAUUGAUGGAUCUGGUAUUUCUCAUCAAAUUUUCCAUGAAUCAAAGAAUCAUGUACAUACUGAAGUUGAUCAAUCUGAAGCACAUAUUGCUUCUUUAGAAAAGAAAAGACGUGGUUGA